AUGGAUGAAUCUCACAGUUUGCUACUAAAUGAGGAAGCUCUAAGGCAGUGCCCCGAUCCCAAGAAACCCGUAUUUCUUUACGAAUGGCUGCGAUAUUUGGAUAGAAUAUUGCCAGUUACACAGAGGUCUGACCUAAAAUCGAUACAAUCUCAGUUGGUCCAACAAUUAUUGUCACGAUUGACAACUGUGAAUGGACCUCCAGUACGAUAUUUACUUGCCAGAUGUUUGGCUCGAAUAUAUUUGAUUGGUGAUAGUUCAACGUUUGGUGAUACAUUAAAUUUGUGUAAUGAUACCCUAAAGAUAAAGGAUGACUCUCCGAGUCAGCUCCCAGCUAAACUCGCUGCUCUCGCUUGUAUAGCGUCGUUCUAUGAAACAAUGGGAAGAUGUGGGUCCAGCUUUGUCGAUACGUUUCCAAUAAUGGUGAAAUGGCUAAAAGUGGCAGAGUCUCAAGGACGUGCUGAAAUACUAAUAACGUUGUCAAGUAUGGUCACUGGGCUUGGCUCUGGUGCUGCUAGUUUCCACAAAGAUGUCUACAAAGCUGCUAAGGCUCAUUUGGCUGAUCGGGUGAUGCCAGUACGUGCUGCCGCGUUACAGUGUGUGACGGCACUGGUACCAGUCUAUCCUCCACUUUACUCGACAGAGCUUGAAGCAGUGGUCACUUUAUGUACAAAAGCGUUGGAUGGAUCCAACUAUGAAACACGACUUGCGGCAGCGCGGCUACUAGCUGUGCUAAUAGCCACAGCACUUCAACCUCCACCACCAAUGUGUUCGUUUCGAGUUUUUUUUCAACAAUUUUGCAUUUUUCUGUCAGUGGCACCUAGAGAAUUUUGA